CCCAGCCACAGACCCCUUUAUAGUGGCUGCCAUAUCUUUGAAUCGGCAACACGCAGACGAACAUCUCCAGAGCUCGCUACUAGUGUUUAGGAUACCAGGGUGCUGCUGUUGAUUGGCCAGCUGGUCCAUAUUUUAUCCGCACACAACAAGUAGACCGCAAGAUUGAAACUGUUCUACUACAAAGCGAGAAGAUGAAGCCCUGGGGCAUUUUUUUGCUUUUAAUUGAUCUGUGCUACGUAUUGCAUGUCGAGGCAGAGUUCUUUACAUCAAUUGGUCAAAUGACGGAUCUAAUAUACAAGGAGAAAGACCUAGUCCACUCUUUAAAAGAAUACAUUCGGGAAGAAGAAGAGCGACUUUCUAAAAUAAAAAGUUGGGCAUCUCAAGUAGAGGAUCUCACCAGCAAGUCAACGGCUGAUCCAGAAGGUUAUCUUGCCCACCCAGUGAAUGCCUACAAGCUUGUAAAGAGAUUUAAUACUGAUUGGGCAUUGCUUGAACACCUGGUGCUUCAGGAUUCUGCCAAAGGAUUUAUUGCAAACCUUACAAUGCAGAGAGAAUUCUUUCCAAGCAAAGAAGAUGAAACUGGAGCAGCAAAAGCUUUGAUGCGUUUGCAGGACACAUACAAACUUGAUACUGACACAAUAUCGAAAGGGAAAUUGCCAGGAAGCAAAUAUGUUUCAUCCUUGUCAGCUGACGACUGCUUUGGUAUGGGCAAAACUGCAUAUCAUGAUACUGAUUAUUACCAUACUGUGUUAUGGAUGCAGCAGGCUCUGAAACUAUUGGAUGAUGGGGAGGAAUCCGUUGUUACUAAAGUUCAAGUUCUAGAUUACCUCAGUUACACUGUGUUUCAACUGGGAGAUAUUCACAGGGCAGUGGAACUCACCAGAAGACUUCUGGUCCUGGAUACUACUCAUGAUCGAGCUGCUAGCAACCUGAGAUAUUUUGAGAAGUUAUUGGAAAAUGAGAAGACAGAAAAACAAGUAAAUAAGACCUUAGUCACAGAGCCAGCUGAGCCUCGCCCAGGUUUCUAUGAGAGGCCCUUGGACUACCUUCCAGAGAGAGAGACAUACGAAGCUCUGUGCCGUGGAGAGGGAAUCAAUAUGACUCCACGUAGGCAGAAGAGACUUUUUUGCAGAUACUAUGAUGGAAAUAAAAACCCUCUUCUGAUCUUGGGUCCUGUUAAAGAAGAAGAUGAAUGGGACAGUCCACGUGUUGUGCGAUACAUUGAUGUUUUAUCUGAUGAGGAAAUAGAAAAAAUAAAGGAACUGGCCAAACCAAGACUGGCAAGAGCCACAGUACGAGACCCUAAAACUGGAGUCUUGACAGUUGCCAACUACAGAGUAUCUAAAAGUGCCUGGUUGGAUGAAUAUGAAGACCCAAUUAUUGCUCGUGUGAACCAGCGUAUGCAGGCUAUUACUGGGCUAACAACAGACACUGCUGAAUUGCUCCAGGUGGCGAACUAUGGAAUGGGCGGUCAAUAUGAACCACACUUUGACUUUUCAAGGCGUCCCUUUGACCUCAAUCUCAAAUCGGAAGGAAAUAGACUUGCAACCUAUCUUAACUAUAAAGAGGAACCAGAUGCUUUCAAGCUUUUAGGCACUGGGAAUCGUGUGGCAACCUUUUUAAACUACAUGAGCGAUGUAGAAGCUGGAGGUGCUACAGUAUUUCCAGAUUUUGGUGCAGCAAUAUGGCCUAAAAAAGGAACAGCUGUGUUUUGGUAUAACCUUUUCAGAAGUGGAGAGGGAGAUUACAGAACAAGACAUGCAGCUUGUCCUGUGUUAGUAGGCAGUAAAUGGGUUUCAAACAAAUGGUUCCACGAAAGAGGACAAGAGUUCUUAAGGCCUUGUGGAUUGACAGAAGUUGACUGAAAACUACCAUUCACUCUCUCUUUCUAUGUUUUGUUUUUUUAUUUACUUUUGAAAUCUAGUAUUGUGAAGCAAAAAACCUUCCCCGAUAACAUAUCAUUCAAAGGAAUAUUUUGCCAAAUUGGUUUGCAAACGUUAAACUAACAAAAAAAGUAAUAUAAUUCCACAUGGUUGAUUUGUUAUAGUUUUUAUAUGCAGUUAUUCCAACAAUACAUUUACCACGUCCCCUUCUUAAAAGACACAUUGUAUUCUGUCAUUUUAACCCCUGUAUUUAUGAUACUUAUAGUAAGUAACUAGAAAGUUUUGUUCCGUGUGAAUUCAGAUUAGUGUGACAAACAAUUAAUUGGUAUAUUCUAUAAAACUGAGCUACUGUGUUACUGCAACAUCUAUUGUAAUGGACAUUUGGGUGCAGAUGAAAACUACGAUAAAUUGUACUAUGAUGUAUGGCAUCAAUACACGCGAUUAAUGUUUAAAGAUAAGAACACUUAAAUGUUUUAUUUGACUGAUCCUUAUUUAAAAUAAAUACUUAAUUUUCA